AGCAUCAGCAGUAAGACGAUUGACUGCAGCCAGGCCCAGCCAAAUUGUCAGCAUUUUCGCUCUGAGCGGCCUGCAAAACGCUCAGCCUGACCCAGGUUGCAGUACACUGACAAGUGGCGUUGGACGACCAAAUGACUGCAUUGGUGCAGCAGUUGUAAAUUUCUUUUCAUUAUCGUUUAUUUUUUCAUCUAACGAAAAGUGCUUCAGUCCACCAAUGUAAUCAGCUAAGCACGUAUCUGAUUACAGGGAAAUAUACAAUGCCGCUUUCAGACAGAGCGGUCUGCGUCGGGAACGAAAGUUUACCUAGAGUAACUUGUAUUGACAGAGGAUGCAUAUUCAGAUAGGGAGUUUUCAACUUGAUGAAGUUCGAAAUUAUACUUUACCUUACCAACAAUUUCAGCUUUUGCAAUAUCGAGAGUUAUUAUUACUCAGGCUUGCUGCGAUUUAUAAACUCUUGGUAAUAUCUCGACCGUAGUACCAAAGCCACGUGCAGCACAAUGUAUUUUUGCUAUAGAGGAUAAAUAGUCUGCAUUAUUGAAAUCUUGAAGAUGGCAGAACAAGCAAAGCUUAAAGAAACAUCUUUAAUCAGUAGAGUAGAAAACUUUUUUUGCCAUAACAUAAGAUCUAAAUUGACACUAGAGGACGCAUAGCGUUGAACAUCUCAAUGCCAGCGGCAGUGUCGGGACCAUUCGGAAACGUGAAAUUGGGCACAUCAUUGCCAACGCUAAUGCGUCCGCUUGACCCAACGCAAGCGAUUCACUUCGGUGAGCGUCGCAAACGACUUCAAUUCCUGCCGAAGUAAGUAGUCACCAUACAUCUUUAUUGCAAGUGUGCUUCAAGAUGCUUGCUGUGUCUAUACGAACUGGCCGGACAACAAGUAACUCUGGACAACAUUGUUAGAAACACGGUACCUGCACCCACUUUUUCGUGCAGGUGCGUACUCUCAGUGGCGGCAAAAAAUACCACCCAAUAUCGACGCAGUCGGACAAGUGGUGACUUUAAGCUCACUAGAAGAUCAACAGCUGACGAGUAAAACCUGACGACGGCUUCAUCAUUUGAAUGGCACAACUUCUCUCAUUCUGCAGUCUGUUAUUUGGAACCUGUUUUCGUGUUCCCUGUUAUCGUUAACCGACGAGAAAUCCACUCGACGCAUGACAACAACAAGAUUUACCGUUACCGAUCGAUAGUUUGCCCGGUACAUCAGCAAUCCUGCGAUACAUUGGCUGGAUUUAGCGUCGAUUUUCGUCGUGAUCAUCUAAAACGAUUGUUCGCUGGUCGCAAACUCGUCCCCAUACGAAACUUUGACGGCUUUCGAGGAAGGAAUAGAAGGAACUUUCUGAGUCGACUCCCUCCCUCGAUCCGCAUCGUGACUAUCACCGUUAGCACCAGCGUGUUACUUCUACAAGGCUAAGCCUAUAGCUUACGAGUGAUUGCAAACGGUGCACGCUCGUCACUAAUGCAAUGGUAACUAUAACAGCAACGACACGACCUGUUUUGUCACGCUCAUCGUCUCUAAAUUUUGUCUUAGAAGGCGAAGCAGCAGUACGGGACGACCAGUCCAGCGACAGGGCAACGGCAACAACAGCAUCGUCGCUAUUGUCUCGUCGAACAUAUGAUUUAUGUCGAGACAUCGAGUGGUGGUAACUGGUCGUUGUUGUUUCGUCGCUGCAGCUAUUGCCAUUGUCACACUGGCGUAGUUGGGUUUGUUGUCUUUGUUGGGUGCCGUUAGCCAUUGGCACAACAACGAGCCUAUGUCUACCAAUUGCUGCUGUUCUUCGAAUAGCUUAAACACUGACUGGUUAAUUCCUUCGCACACGGCAACAACAAGAACAACAACAAAGUGAUUACCAUCGACAAAAAACCGAAGCCGAAGGACACUGGGUAUUGCGGGCUCUAACUGUCUGAUGCCGCUAGGGAAAACGUCAGUGGCACCAGGACAACGAGCAAACGUCAUCUAAUGGGUAAACCGGACGAUGCUCCACAGGAAUGCCUUGCAACUUCAAUCUAAGCAGCCAAACCGAUCGGCCCAUAGGGGAGCCUGGCCCAGCCAGUAAAUGGGCCCAUAACCUGGUCCAAGAACCACCGUGUCUGAACUAUGACUGGUUGGUUGGUAACUGGUGUAUCGUUGUUUCAUUUUGUUUAGUUUUACAAUGUAUAUACAUGUAUAUUGGUACAACUGGUAAUGCGGCGGUCUUCCGCAUAUCUCGGACUGACAAGAAAACCUGUCCAAUAUACAUCGUCUACGUUUUAUCUUGCAGAUUACAAAACAAAAUAGUGUGUCUCCCAAUUACGUAUAUACUUUGAUGAAAAAACUCUUAUGAUCUAUAUAUAUAUGUAUAAAAAACACGUGUGCACGAUUUCGUUGCUUCUUUCAGUGCGCAGUGCAAUUUAAUCUACCGCAACUAUCAAUCGCGUUAUCAGAGAUAUGCUAGAAUGAAGCUUUGCGUCUAGUAAUUAAGAUAUUGGCCAUUGCCUCAGCCGGUUGGUUCCUAAUGUGAAACAAAGUGUAUAUACUUUUGAAGUGAAACCAUUGCGGGCCCUUACUACCGCUAUGCAACGCCAUCGCGCACAAUAACAACAUUUAUGGCGUUAAUAAUUGAAUCUUUGCUACGGUAAUAUCGAAAUAUACGCGCCUUUACUCGGUCCUAGUCCUACAAGGCCAACCACUUUACUGUCAUUGUCACCCUCAGAAUUAAUAGUAAACAUGAGCAGCAUUACGGUGUAAUUAAUGGCCGGCAUCAAUACUCUUGCUUCCGGUAGAGAUCAUGACUCUGCUGAGUGUUAUUUGUGCAGCAUAUGCCUUACGUCCACAUUAACCGAUGGCCACCAUUGCCGCGGCUGUGAUUACUUCUAAUACAUCUUCAGUUACUUCAUAUCUUGGUACUGUUCUCAUCCAAUGAGGAAUACGCAUUGUCGUGUUGGCGCUAACGACAGCCGUAUUAAUAUGAAAACACGUAGCACAUGGGGCCGUCCGCUCGCGAGUCAUUAAUUUUUUUUUAUGUUAUUACUGGUCAAGCUUAUUAUUAAGUAAGCUAGAUUAGGGGCGUUUGUAAUGUAUGCUCCCGAUAACAAUGCUGGUAAUGAUAAUUACUACAAAUAUGAUAACGAUAGCUACAAUGGGCGCAUCGCUGAUCACUGCAGUUGAUCAUGGCAUGAUACUGCGGACAAUGGCAGCGGUAGCAGCGGCGUCACGGAUCUUCACCAAAUAACGAAAAGAUGCAUAGCCAACGCUUUGGAGAGCUUCGGCCGAACUUGGCAAGAAGCGACAGCACGAGAGGUAAAACCUGAAGAUGAUAAGAUGCAUCCGAUGAUGAAGAUUAUAAGAAUAAUGAGGAUAAAGUUGAUCACAUAGUUAUCAAAGAUGCUAGAAAUUGUAACGUUCAUUGCCUCGUUGUCUUAAGCUUAAAUUAAUGUGCAAAAUGUUGUAAAAACUGAAAAAAAAACUUAUUUCCAUGAUAAGAUUAUUGCUACAUGUAGCAUGUGAUUAGCGUAUGGCGUAGUGGUAGAUUGGUUUGGAUACUGUGACGCUAGAGACUUUCGGGCUCGGUUUCCUGUUGAAAUGCUCAAGCUAACUGAGUUUCUAUUGUGUCUAUAAUGAAUAUCUACGGUGCAGUGAUAUCUAACCAACGUGAAUAUGCCUGUGUGCCCUUUACGAAAUGCAUUUUAUCAGAAAACUUGAUAGAUUUGAUAGAAAAGAAAAUUUGAGAUUGAUUUUCAAAGGGCAUUAAAAGUUAUCUGCCCCGCUAUCUGACACGCUGUGGCUGCAUUGCCUUGGUAUCUUUAUCUUCACAAAUUCGACAAUUAUUUUACGUUGAAAGCUAAAUCAUUAAAACCGUUUAGGACGCCUGUGUCGAAAUAAGGGAAAAAUGUACGCUUUCCUCCGAUUGGUUCUUUUGUAAAUCAGGUUUGCGAUUUUAUUUCUGUCUAGCCAUCGUCCCUCGUGUUUCUGCUUGGGACGAUAUCUGAUAACAAUGAAGCUAUACGACAUAAGAAUCUGCCUGUUUCUAUUCGUAAAAGUCUCUUAUUCUGUAAUAGUACCAAAAGUUCUAUGAGUAAACUGUAUCAAACAGCACGAGUCGAUAAUCUGCGGUGAGCUCGUUGGACUGAUAUCAAGACUCAGCAUUCGGUGAGCAAAGUGGGUUUUCAAUGUUCUUUAAUACUCCAUUGCCUUCAAUAUAGCUCUUUUUUUUGGCCUAUAUUAAUUCUAUGGUUUUGUAUGCCAUCAGAUUUGCAUAUAUGAUGCCGGGUUGAUUGGAUCAACGGCUGCAAACGCUUGAUUCGAUGUUGUUGUUGUUGUCAUUAUUGUUACUGUUGUAGAUCUAUCGUGCACAAUUUAAUUUGCGCUUGAUGCGUCUGAGACAUGUAAUAACAUCUCGUAACGUUUCUGCGCAGGCGCGAAUGGCAAGGCGCGAACGUUUCAUAACGUUCACGCCUCUUCUUCUCGUUCACGUUCUCUUGUUUAUCUCUGUUGUCUGCAUGUUCGUCUGCUGGGCAGUCUACCCGCGUUUGUCUACAAUACCCUAUUGCGGUAUCAUUGCAUUCUAUCGUACACAGUCCAAUCUAUGCCCAGUAGAUUAAUAAUGUAGUUAGUGACGUUUAAGAUCAGACAUUGACUUAUAUCGAUCGCCAGCUGACGCAGACUGGCAAGUCCUCCAGUCAGCGCCUGACACCACCUCUAGUAAACCUAUGGUCAAGUGGGCCACAGCUUGCAAUGAGGCGCCAGGACGUUGGGCCUGCCCAGAAGCCUCGGGGGCCCAACGGACACGCCGUUAAACGAUGUCUGUCAUACUUGCAUAUAUUCCAAAAUACGUGUGCCAGCAUUUCAACGUUCGGUGCUCUCAGCCCGUGCAAGCCUGCUAUUACAUUGAACGCUUGCCAAACAGCUCUGAUGUGGCUGAGAACCACGGUUUUCUCGCUAAAGUACGUUCACCGAUUCGAUUAACAGUCUAGUAAUGAAAUUAAUACUAGAACAGACAUUACAUUAGCAUCAAUUAAGAGAAACGAAAGGUCAACCAUAGGGCAAAGACACAUACUUUGCCGAGUGAGGCAAAGUAAAGAACUCGAAUCUCUUGCUCAGUUCAGCCAGUGGCCCUUCCCUCCGUCCUGACUGCCGCUGUAAUCGGCGGCGAAAAACGUAAUCAUGUCGCCAGUUAUCGAAUACGGUAUUCACGAAUAUCUGCUGGCAGUCCGCUUUCCUAUCUUAAUAGUUGUUGAAAAGCAUCAAGGUCACUCAGAAUCGUACGUUGGAAAUGGAAGCAUGGACGUUGAAUGUAGUGUUAAUCCAAUGGGAAGAUCUAGUAGAAGAAACGCUCUGUGGACGUGCGUCCAACGAAUUGUCGAUAUUCCAAGAGUUGCGGCCGCUGCGUCGUGCGCGCCUUCUACAUGGACGUGGACUUUGCGAACGCGUCGACCCAGCCGUAUCUUGACGGCAAUCGAUUUCGAGCGCAGUCUAAAAGCGACGCCAUCAACAAUGAAAGAUAACCACAACAACAAACGACAGCAAAUCUCAUAUUAUAAUUUUCAUGAAUUGUUUUUUUGAACGGUAUGGCCAUCCGUUAUACAUUCGGAUACGCGCCAUGGAUAAAGGAAUUUCCCUCUUCGUACAGGCGAAAUGGAGCGUGAAAAUUAAGGGGCGCCACAAGGAGCGGAACACGCCGGUGCGAUCAGUGACUGCAGCUAAAAGUACCGUCCCUGUUUUUCGUCAAAGAACUACUUCCUUGUAUAAAAAAUCAUAAAAGCUUAAGAUGGUGCGGACACGCGAUGACCUGGCGUCAGAGCAUCCACUCAGUGGGGAGUGGGCUUCCGGCGAAGCGCAGCCUCCCCUAUCACGGUUGUUAGCACAGUUGACAUCAGGGCGACCCCCAGCACCGCACAAGGCGGGUUCUGUCAGCUCUAUUUCUUCGGAUGACACUGCAACGUCAUCAGCAAGUAACCUUAGCCCCACUGCGUCAAAAAGAGCUUUACUAACAGAAGAAGAUGGCGAUUCAAGCUCUAGUUUGCAGGGUAACAGUCACGAAAUGUCUGGUCGUCUGUCGUCGCCGCGCAGAGGCGCAACGCAAGGUACCGCGUUACGGCCGACACGGGAACGCGAGCGGGAGCGAGAAAAAGAGAGGGUGCGAGAUGACGAAGACAAGACGACCGAUGAAGCUGCUGCCGGACGCCGUCGGAAAGCCAACCUUUCAUCACGCGAACGAAACCUCCGCCGACUUGAGUCGAACGAACGUGAACGCAUGCGGAUGCACUCGCUGAACGACGCGUUUCAGGCACUGCGCGAGGUCAUUCCUCACGUGGCAAUGGAACGAAAACUCAGUAAAAUAGAAACCUUGACCUUGGCCAAGAACUACAUCAUGGCAUUGACAAAUGUCAUCUGCGAUAUGCGAGGUGACGAGAAACCCUAUCAGUUCUGUAAAAAACAGCAAGGUAACGAUGAUGAAGUGCCGGCACUAAAUGUGGUCGGCGUUGCGAGGAAUUUAAAGAACACGACCAGCAACAACCAGAACAACAGCAACAGCAACAACAACAGCAACAGCAACAACAACAGCAACAGCAACAACAACAGCAACAGCAACAAAAAUAGCAACAGUAAUACUAUUAACCACCACCAUCACACUGGUAGCAAUAAUCAUUCGGCGUCCAAUGGUCAGGAACUGGAGAUUAAAGGCGAAACUCAGAUCGAACAUAUGAGUAGCGAAGACGUACGGGAAAGUGGUAUUGAUGACCUAGACCUCGAUCACGAUGUUGAUCGGCUAGAUGUAACUGUCAACGGAAGCUUACCAGUUCAAGACUAUCCAGGGUACCACGAAAGUUUGAAUGAUCCAGCUAUACUCAUGUCUGACUGUGAAGAGCCAGAUCGGUUAUAAGGCCAACCGAAGUUGACCACCGACAAAAUAGGCGUCUUGUUGAAGGCCUAAGAGAUGGAGUCUAUGGCGAGGAGGAACUCUAGGACGGUAACGAUGGUUAGGUAUUCAGCGUUGUUGUUACUGUGACGUCUGUGACUGUUUGUCUUGACGUAGAGUGUUUGUGGAGCAGUUGCUAGCCAUCUAGAUACUGCGGUCUGAUGGUUGGGCAUUACUCGACUAUGGCCUCUCGGCGAUAAGACCGAAACACUAUUGUUCCGUUUGCCAUCCCCCGUUGUUGAGUGCUGCAAAUAGCGUGCAAUGACGAAACGAGUGCUUCGGCUAACACUGAAGACGGAUGCCAAUAAUCGAUCACUGAACUACGUGAGCUAUAUUACGCCCUAUGUGCAAUAACGACUAACGGAUAAAGCUGAACUGUCAGUGCGUCCGAUCAGCGACGCCGGGACUGAUCGAAUACUGAUAACGAUGAUGGUUUUAAUACGCUCUUAGCCAUAGAGAAAAUUAUACAAUCAGCGGUUGAACGUAGAAACAGUUUGGACGAGUGACGCUUCGGCGUUAGCGUGCAAUAGAGCGAUCGCUCAAAUACAAUCACAAGCACAGAUAAGUGAAUAAUGUAUAGAUAAGUUACGCACUUUGAAGUAAAUGAUAUCCCGCGAGAUUCUACUGGUGAGUAGGCAAAAUAAAGAAAAGCAAAACUAUCAUUUGUCAAGUACGUUUCAUCUUAUUUGGCGUCUACCGGAAACGAAUACUCAAUGUUUUGCAAAUUUUCUUAUCUUAUGUUACUAUAAUGAAUUCUAGAUAAAAGAAAUUUGUCAUCGACGAUCCAGUACCGAGAUAACACCUAUCGGCUGGAAUAAUACUGGACAACUAAGGGCAAAAAAGAAACCGCUAUUUGAUCUGUUCUAGAGAGAUGUCUGGUGCACAGUUAAUUAAAAUUGGACUCCCCUAAAGUGUAUAUAAUUCUAAUCCUUUAUGUAGAAAAAGAUCUGAUGGUUUAGCAAAGGAGUUUUGUCUUGUACGCGUUUGGACUCGAUAUCUUGAUGCUGCUGCUGCUGCUGCUGCUGCCGCCGCCGGUACAAUCGACAGGGAGGUCGUUCAGUCAUAAUUACUACAGAAUGAUUGAUAUGAUUCCUUAUAUAUUGCUUGUUGACUGUUGUAAUAAAAUAAAAAAUGUGUAAGCAUAGAAGAUACUGUGACCGAGGAAAAGAUGGCUCGAUCCGGGUCGUUGUUAUUUCGUAACUGAGUUCAUUUCAAUCAUUGCUAUAACGUGCAGGUACACCAACCCGUCAAUGGGAAUCGUGAACAAAGCAUGCGUGCAAUCAAUCAACCCUCGUCGCUAGAAGGAGCGAUGUUCCAUCUGCUUUAAAGACGUUACUCGCUAUAGGCCUUAGGAAGAAACACCGCUUCUCUGCGACUCGCCGAAACUCAAUUAUAGACGAAACACAUUUAAUUCUCAACACGUACGUACGUACGUGUGCAUGUGUAUGUAUGUAUGUGUGUACAACGUAUCAAAGGCAAUAAAAACAAUACAUGACAUAUAUCUACACAUUAUUAGAAGUACGAUAUGCUCAACAUCACGUUAAUAUUGGUAAACGCGCGAAGGUGCCGAGUCUGUUUAGUAGGGGGUGGAAUGAGUUUUUGUUGCUAGUAGCAUUCGUGUACAAACAAGGUCAAUACCUAACCAGAUAACUAAUAGAUCAUCAUCACCACCACCACUACCGUCUAUUUUGGCAAGAGCGAGGAACUACUACGAUUUAAAAACAGUAUUAGUAAUCAAUUACGUGUAAUUGUGAGUUUAUAUUAAUCGAGCUUUUACAGUCCAUUUCUACAACAGAAUCAUACCGUUCCUGGUCACCGUAAAUACUGAAAACAAAUUUUUCACAGUGCGAUAAGCUCACAGAUACAGAAAAUGUCUAUGCGAAAAUCAAACGUAGUUAAAAAAAAAAAAUGACUGAAAGAAAAAACAGUCCAAUA